AUGGGCUUGUCAUCAGACACCAAGGUGCAACUCAUUAGCUAUCACUACGAGAUAUGGCGACUUGCGGGGUUGUGGAGGAACUAUAUCGUGGCGGCUCUUCAGGUCGAGUUCUGCUCUGCUCUGCUCUGCUCUGCUCUGCUCCGCUCCGUUCUGCAUCCGCCUUCACCGUCGCCGGAUGACUCGACGCAACGUCGCACGGCAGCAACCGCUGGCGGUGGCGGCGCUAUGACGUUGGCUGGGGCAAGGCAUAUCAUCAUCAUCAUCAUCAUCACCAUCAUCGUCGCCUCCACGUCGGAUGAUCAGGUUCUCAGGGGGAUGGUAUAUACCAUUGCAUUUGUAUGCGCUACAAGAGAGACGGUGUACUCCGUAGAAUACCAGUAA